CCAGCACCCCGGAGCCCCUGUCCAUCUGGCGACCCCCAGCCCAGCCCCCGAACUUUCAGACACUCCCUGCGGCCCCGCCCCCUCAGGGACCCACUGGGGACCCUCGGACUCCCCCCAACUCCCCUGCCCCCUAAAACCACUUCGAUUCCUCAACUGUUCCCCCGGCCAGCGGGAACCCUCGCCAUGUCUCGCUCUUACGGGGGCCGGGUGCUGGCCGCAAUGACCCUGUUGGGCAUCGCGGCGGCCGUGCUGACGGCGCUGGGCGCGCAGCUGCUGUUCCAGCUGCAGGCGGGCCGCGCCGAGCUGCGGGGGCUGCGCGCGGACGGGCUGGGCCAGGAGCUGGGCGCCGGCCCCGGGCUGCCCGAAGACGCGGCCGGGGCGCUACUGCCGCUGGCCGCGGCGCUGGCCGCGCUCGUGCUGGUGCUGGGGUUCACCUGCCUGCUGCUCGCUGCGCUCUGUGGCCACCUGGGCGCCGAGCUGGCGCGGGGGCCUGGCCCCAGGAG